UGAUGUCAAAUUUCAGCGACUCCUACUAUAAAUUAGGGGGUGGGCAGAAGUUUGGAUCAGUGUAACUCUAACAAUUAUUUACCUUGCUCUGUGAAGAACACUUUAGGACAACAUGAGCGCGUCGGUGGCUGUUUACAGAAACAUAUACACCGAGGAUCGCUUCCGACAGACGUACGGUACGGAAGACCAGUCUGGCGGGAGAGAGCGGCUCCGGGACCGGCUGGCGCAGAGAUGCAGCUGCUCGCAGGUGGAGUGUGUUCACCUGCUCCACAAAAGACUGCCCGUGUGCAGCUGGCUGCCAAAGUACAAGCUCAGAAAAUGGCUUUUAGGAGAUAUCAUAGCCGGACUGACUGUUGGAAUAGUACACAUUCCACAAGGGAUGGCCUUUGCUUUGUUGACAUCAGUGGCUCCUGUCUAUGGUCUUUACACAUCCUUCUUCCCAGUGGUCCUUUAUAUGCUUUUCGGCACUGGUCAUCAUGUUUCCACAGGUACCUUUGCUGUGUUAAGUCUGAUGACUGGCUCAGUUGUGGAGCAGCUGGUCCCCAUCCCGCUCGCACUGAAUAGCAGUAGCCCAGAGGCUGCAGAGUUUGAGGCCCAGAGGAUUGGCGUGGCAUCAGCUGUAGCCUUUCUCUCAGGCAUAAUGAUGCUCUGCAUGAGUGGACUCCAGUUGGGUUUCCUUUCAACCUAUCUCUCAGAACCAAUUGUUAAAGCAUUCACAAGUGCAGCCGCAUUCCAUGUGACUGUCUCACAGCUGCAAAGCAUGUUGGGAUUACGGUUACCCCGAUAUGCUGGUGCCUUCUCUCUCUUUAAGACGUUGGCUUCAGUGAUGGAAAACGUGCCCCACACUAAUUUGGCUGAGCUGGUGAUCUCACUGCUCUGCCUGGCUGUUCUGGUGCCUGUUAAAGAGGUCAAUUCCCGCUUUCGGGAGCGUCUGCGGACUCCAAUCCCUGUGGAGAUCAUCACUGUAAUAAUUGCAACAGGAAUCGCAUAUGCCUUUUCUCUGGAUUCCAAGUAUGACAUACAGAUUGUAGGACAUAUUCCAGCAGGUUUUCCAGAACCACGACUACCUGCAUUAAAGACGGUUCCAGAAAUUGCCGGUGACACAGUAGCUAUCACACUCGUCGCCUAUGCUGUGUCUGUAUCUCUAGCCAUGAUAUACGCUGAUAAGCAUGGAUACUCCAUCGAUCCAAAUCAGGAGCUUCUAGCACAUGGGAUCUCCAACACUGUGUCAUCUCUGUUCACCUGCUUUCCCAAUUCAGCUACACUGGCCACUACAAACAUUCUAGAGAGUGCUGGAGGUCACACACAGCUUGCAGGACUAUUCACAAGUCUGGUUGUUCUUAUUGUGCUUUUGCUGAUAGGACCUCUUUUUUACUUUUUACCCAAGGCAGUGCUGGCAUGUAUAAAUGUGACCAGCCUGAGACAGAUGUUCCUACAGUUUCAGGAUCUCCCUGAACUAUGGAGAAUUAGCAAAAUUGAUUUUAUGGUGUGGCUUGUGACCUGGCUGUCUGUAGUUGUGCUGAAUGUAGACCUGGGGCUGGCCAUUGGGAUGGUCUUUUCCAUGAUGACAGUCAUCUGUCGCACACAGAGGGCCAGCUGCUCUGUGUUAGGAAGAGCUGCCAACACGGAGAUCUACAGAUCCAUCAACAACCAUAAUAAAUGCUAUGAAGUGCCUGGUGUGAAGAUCCUGACCUACAAUGGGCCCAUCUAUUAUGGGAACCGUAGCUUUUUCAAGGCGGAUAUGGCUCAGCUUCUGGGACUCACCCCUGAGAAGAUACGCAGCCGAGAAAAGGCCCUGAAGGCCAUUGAGAAGAGGGAAAGAGAGGCCAUUGGCACUGUAGAACAAGGAGUUGCAGACAGUUCAUUUUCUUCAAAGAACGACUUGUUCAGAUCAGAGAUGGCUGAAGGUGAAGUCCAGGCCGUGCUGAUAGACUGCAGCAGUGUCAUUUUUGUGGAUAUCGCAGGAGCUCGGUUAUUCAUACAAAUGUGCAUGGAGUGCCAAAAGAUUGGAGUCCGGAUAUACCUGGCUAACUGCAAUGAGAGUGUACUAAAGAUUCUCACAUCCAGCGGGCUGAUGAACUACAUGAAUCCUCAGCAUAUCUUUGUUACAAUCCAUGAUGCCGUGGUCUACAUCCAACAGCAGAGAGAGAAACCUCCAGAGAACAACACAAUGGUGUGGGUGUGAUUUAUUUGAAACAUCCAUAAUUCAAGAUUUAUUUGGACUGAGACUCGAAGCAGGAACUGAAGAACCAGCGUUUGACUGCAAGUGUGUCAGAAGGACUUGCACUUAAAGUCAAUGCAACAUUUAUUUUGCCUCUAUAUGCUGUGAUGUGUUUGUCAGGGCACGUUAUGGUGUCGAACAGAAGAAUAGAGCUGCAGUGGCUAAAUUAUUUUCAUACCCAAGGCGAAUGUUUGGUGUGAAAAUUUGAUGUAAUUCCAAUGAAUGACAGAUAAUGUGUGCAUUCUGUCAAUGCGAUUGAUUUUUGUUUAAUUUAUGAAGAGGUGUUCUAAUCUCUUUUCCAUUGCACUGCUAAGAAUACUGCCAAACCGAUAAGAUUCAGGCCAACGAUAUAAAAAUAUAGCUUGAUAGCAAACAAAAUAUGGGAUACAAAAAUCUGAAUGUCUGUAUUAAAACAUACAGUUUGGCGUACUGGUUGGCUUCCUUCUCAGUGACAGGUUGCAAUGCAGCUCUCUGUGAAUUUCUGCUUCCCUCCCUUGAUUUUUCAACUUUCCUAUAAGCGCCACUAAUUGUCAUAGAGUGAAAUUUAAGAUAGAAAUACCAUGUAAAAAAAUCAUAUUUGUUGUGAACUGUCCUUGAAAGAUGUACUAGUCAGAAACCAUUGUUAUUAAUGAACACUAGUGGCUGUUAAUGCUUGUGCUCGCAGUUGUACAUACGUAACAUAGAAGAAACUGAACAUGAUUCAGUGUCCUGAUAUACUCAUGCCUCGUUUUCAUUAUUUUGUAGAAGUGUAAAUUACCUUUGUAUCAAUGUACUGUUAAAGAAAUCCAGAAAUGGUCCACUCUGCUGGAAACAACAGUAUAGAUGAACAAUCGUGCUGCACUCUUUCCUUUCAAUAACCAAAUAAACACACAAUAAAUGUGUCAGCUGUAAGAACUCCCUAUGAAAUGUGGGUACUUUCUAGUAUGCUCCAAAACAAUGGCAAAAUUCACAUUUAG